AUGCGACCAAGUGUCGGUAAGUACCAAGACGAACUGGGCGGUAUGGCUGAAAAGGAUGAGUCGUCCUUCAGUCUACCAGCCAUUGAGAAACUGUCUUACGGUUGCCAGUUCGUCUCUGGAGACACCGAUGCUGGAUCUCUAUUACAGAGUGAAUGUAAAAACGAAGUGGAGGAGAUAGAAUAUGUAAAGGCUUCCGUUUCUGAACUCCAAAAAUCUCUUGAAGAGGCAACUGGGCUUCUUGAUAUAUCUCGUCAGCAAGUGGAGUGCCUACAAGCCGAGCGUGAUUCCCUACAGUCCAGAGCGGAGGCCCUCCAAACAUCCGCAGAUGACAGUGGCCGGGCUCUGGCUGUAAAAACUCGGGAGUUGGAGGCGGCACUCGGGCGACUUGCAGAGGUGAACUCGGAACGUGACUCUUUGGCAGCCAAACUAGACACCUUUAAGGCUGCUGGUGAAGAUAACGACCAUUCUUUGUCCGUCAUCCAGACGGAAUUGAAGGAAUUACGCAAUCAGUAUGAGGUCCUUCGGGCCGAUCGUGACACAUUGCAGGGAGACUUGGAGGAGACGAGAACCUCUUACUUGGCUCGUCAGUUUGAGCUUCUUGAGGCUCACAGGCAGUUGGAGGAAUCUACCGUCGAUAAGAGUGAGAUGCGCCAGGAGUUGGAGACUUGCAAGGCAAUGCUGGAAAGUCAGAGGCAAAGACUUUCUGAAGCCGCUGCUUUGCAAGAGGAGGCACAGAAGCAAAUAGCCGAUUUGAAGUUGGAAUGCGAGGCUCGGCAAGUGGAGAUAGAUGACCUGAAGACGUCUACUUGUGAGGCGAAUUUGCAGCUGGAAAGAGCACUAGCUGAGUGGAAUACUCUGCAAGCCAAAAAUGAUGUAAUGACGAUGGAAACGACAGACCUUAAAAAGUCACUUGAAGAGCGGAAACAGUUGCUCUCUGAAGCGGAACUGAGGCUGGAGGAGUCGCAUCGUCAGUGUGAGGUUGUACAAGCCCAACUCGACUGUUUCAAGGAGGAGAAAUCAGAGGCUCUUGAACAGCAGAAGCAGCUUGUAGCUCUUCAAGCUGACUACGCGACUGCUCAAGAAGCGUUAGCAUUCCUCAAUGCAUCGCAUGACGAAGACCGUCUUCAAUUGGUCCAAGUGAAAACAGACCUCGAAAAGGCAACUAUACGAUCUGCCGAGCUGCACCAUCAGCUGACAGUUUCGCAGACGUCAGCUGAUGUGUCAUACCAAAGCCUGACAGCCGCCAGAAGCGAGGCUGACGAGACAUGCCUCAAAUUGGCACAAGUCUCCUCUCAACGAGACGCUCUUCAGACUGAGCUCAGGUGUCUAACGGAAGCGUUGGAAGCGACUCAACAGGCCAAAGAAAGGGCUGAAUUCGAGUUUGAUGAAGCUAAAAAACAAGUCUUGGCUCUUCAGGCCGACUCGGAAAAUAUUAAAAUUUCCAAUGAAGAGGAAAUGAGGAAGGCAGAAAAGCAAAUAGAAAAUAUGAGUCUAGAACUCAACAUUCUGAAAGUUUCCCUCGACCACUCAAAGGCCUCGGAAAUUGAGAGUGAUCAGACUGUUGCUGGAGCCAGAAAGGAACUUGCAGAGCUGCAAACGCGUCUCGAAGACCUGCAAUGCGCAUUCGAGGCUUCACAGGCGGAGGUGGCCAUCCUAAGAGACGGCCAGCAGGAAGGGGCCACGUAUCACCAAGUUCUGGCUUCGGAAUCUGCAGACUUGGACGCCGUGAGAACGGAAUCUGCCCCUUUGCAGACUGAGCUGGAGAACGUUCGAGUCCCGAAAGAGGCGAGUUUCGAUGAGGCUUUGAGGCAGGUGAAGAGCCUAGUCUGUGAACGCGACUCCCAGUUGGCCGACCGGGUUGCACUUAAUUCAUCCAACAAGCAGACAGACUUGACUCUGCUGGUGCCCCAGCAACUGGGCGACGCUACAUGUCUGCAUUUGGGACUGGCACACACGGAUUCCGUAUUCGAGGCCUCGCAACCCCAGCAGACCCCCACAGAUUUGAGCUGCCAAGCUGACGAGGCGCUGACGACAGAUUUCGUCGAGCCUCAGGCAUCAGCGAUUGUAGAGAAAGGGAACGAGGAGUUGAGACAUGAACAUCACCGAUUGGAGGAGCUUCAGGCGACUCUUCUGCAGGUCCAUGAUCAGACGAUGCUAGCUGGUGUUUGUGAGGAAAUGACCGUGAGUCAAGGGACCUCUCUUCAGCCUGAGUUGUGUACUCUCAACGAGGAAAUGGCAACGCUGAGAGCGGAGCUCAGCAGCUUACAAGAAGAGAACGCCUCUCUCAAGCUGAAGGUGUGGUGUUGGAGGUUCUAUGCCACAGCUGAUGACAUUCUUUGGAAUCAUUUGUCGAUGAACAAUUUUGAUUUUUGGUAUGGUGAGCAGGCAUCAGGAGCCUUCAGUAAAUCCGUUGCCACUGAAAAAUUGUUUUCUACAAUUGAGAAUGGGCUGUGUUGCGUUGUGUUGAUUAAUCACGCUGAUUGA